UAUGUGUGUGUAUAUAUAUGUGUGUGUGUAUGUAUACACACACACAUAUACAAUCAAUCAAUCAAUCAGUUGCUGUGUUUUCCAGUUGUACCGCGAUGCCACCGAGUGUCUGAAUCUUCUAUCCCAGCGACUCGGCUCACACAAGUUCUUCUUCGGGGACUCGCCUUCGUCUCUGGACGCCUUCGUCUUCGGUCACCUGGCUCCCGUCCUGAAGUCCAAGCUGCCCAACGGGAAGCUGCAGCAGCAUCUCAAGUCUCUGGACAACCUGAGCAACUUCUGCAGCAACAUCCUGCUGCUCUACUUCCCCCUGGACGGCCGAGAGAGCUCCGGUCAGAAGACGUCGUCUCCGGCGCCGCCGUCGCAGCCGGACGGCGGCGACUUCGACCACGUCCCCAACAAACGCAGGAAGCAGGUGCUGUCGGCCAUUGUGGCUCUGGGCGCCAUGCUAAGCUACGCCCUGAUGACCGGCAUGGUGUCCAUCCAGCAGGAGGCGCUGGAGGAGCCGCCGGACCAGGAGACGGUCGUCGGAUCCCACGACGAGGACGAGGACGGCUGAGGAGAAGCAGCAAGGCAUCAUGGGACUUUAUUUGGACGGAAGUAGAGAUGUUAUAGCAAAACAAUAAUUAGUUGUAUCUCACUCUCAAGAGGGUUUACUGUCACCAAAGAAGUGUCUGUAUUAUUCAAAUAUAAUAAUCUUCACCAACACGUCCGGGAGCUCUUCGGUGGACAGGAAGUGGACGACGUUGGUUUGUGUACAGAAAUAAAUUAAAAGAUGAUUCUUUAUGA